AUGCCUGUUCGACUGUUUGAGAACAGCCGCAUCGCCACUGGACUGCUGGUGAAUUUACUCUCCUCUAUCUGCAUCGUCUUUCUGAACAAAUGGAUCUACGUCCACUACGGCUUCCCCAACAUGACCCUGACCCUGGUUCACUUCGUGGUGACCUGGCUCGGUCUGUUUGUGUGCCACAAGAUGGACAUUUUCUCUCCGAAAAAUCUCAGACCCACCAAAAUCAUUCUGCUGGCUCUGAGCUUCUGUGGAUUCGUCGCUUUCACUAAUCUGUCCCUCCAAAACAACACUAUAGGCACCUACCAGCUGGCCAAAGCCAUGACCACUCCUGUUAUUAUCGUCAUCCAGACCAUCUACUACAGAAAAACCUUUUCCCUGAAGAUUAAACUGACUUUGGUGCCAAUCACUCUGGGGGUCAUACUGAACUCCUAUUAUGACGUGAAGUUUAAUUUGCUGGGCAUUGUUUUCGCGACACUGGGAGUUUUCGUCACAUCGCUGUACCAAGUGUGGGUGGGUGCGAAGCAGCAUGAGUUGCAGGUGAACUCCAUGCAGUUGCUGUAUUACCAGGCCCCGAUGUCCUCCGCUUUCCUCCUCAUGAUCGUCCCCUUUUUCGAGCCGCUCACUGGAGAGGGGGGCAUCUUCGGCCCCUGGUCCAUACAGGCUGUGACGAUGGUUUUUCUGUCGGGGGUUAUCGCGUUCCUUGUGAACCUGUCCAUAUACUGGAUCAUUGGGAACACCUCUCCAGUCACCUACAACAUGUUUGGACACUUUAAGUUCUGCAUCACUUUGCUGGGGGGAUAUGUGCUGUUCCACGACCCGCUCUCUCUGCACCAGGGCCUGGGCAUCCUCUGCACGCUCAGCGGCAUCCUCGCAUACACACACUUCAAAUUGGCUGAGCAGGAGGAGGGCAAGAGCAGGCUGGCUCAGCGCCCGUAGGCCAUCCGCCAAGUACUGUUUAAGAGUUCCGGCAGUGCCUGAAGGACGUCAGAGACAAUAUAAUGGACCAUAACCCAAACACUGGGACAGUUUAGCUGCUGAAGUUAUGAAGCAAAGGUUUACGAGCCAGGUAAAUGUUCAAAGACAAAUGAAGAGUCUGAUUGCGUUAUUCAGUGUCAAAAAAAAUUAAAUGUCUGCUGUAAAAGUGGAUGGUACACUGUAUGUCCCAAAAGUAUCCAGACAAUCUUUCGAAUGAGUGAAUUUAGCUGCUAAGGUGCACCCACUGCUGACACAAGCGUUCAGUUGUCAGAUUCUAUAAUCUCCAUAGAAAAACAUACAACAGCCAACAGAAUGCAGAGGUGCAAUGGAACUGGACUGUGUGAUCCAGAACUAAUCAUCCAACGUCAGUACCUGACCUCACUAAUGCUCUUGUGGCUGAAUGCAGUCAAAUCCCCACAGCAAUGUUCCAACAUCUAGUGUAAAGCCUUCUCGGAAGAGUAGAGGAUGUUACUGCAGCAAAGGGGAACAAACUCCCUAGUUAUGCUCUUGAUUUCAGAAGAAAUGCUGGACAAGCAGGUGUCUACAGACUUUUUGGACAUAUAGUGUACAUAUUUUUGUAUUUACUCUUUUUGAUGGAUAUGCCCAGUGCAAAUGACCCCACGAACGCCAACAAACAAAAUGAAAGUUGCUCAUGCUUGAUGAACAAGAAGUGUUGUUUACACUUUAAAGACACCAUAAAAAGUAGUGUCUUAUGUUUCAAAUACAGUAUUUUUGCAUUAUUCAGUAUCAAAAAUAUUCUGUAACAACAUAAAUGUCUACUGUAAAACACUGUAGCAGUUUUUUUUUUGUUUUGAACAUUGUGUUUUAAUUGACAUGCCUAGUGCAAAUGACACAACAAACCUAAAUAUUGGGUUAAUUUGCUCUACACAACUCUUAAAAACUUUCUACAGUGUUCCCAUUAAAAUGAAGGUGUUUGUUUGCAGAAUGUCAGGUCAGUAUGCUGUGUUUAGAUGACCUGAUUUGGUUUCAACACUCAGUCAGCAUGUCAGUGCUUCGUGACACGAUUGCUCAAGAUAUAAAUGUGGUCCAAAUUGGAAUUGAAUGCAGUGUCACUGGGAGAAUUGGAAUGGAAGAAUUUGGAAUUUUGUGGAUUUAUUUUCUUAACUUAAUUCAACAUAGGUACUAACUACAUAUCAGAUAUGUGAACUGUGCAAAACAGAAGCUGUUGUAUUUGGAUGUGUCCAAACAAAGCCCGAGUUGUGAUCACAAGCUUGUUUACGAUGUCUGAAUGUUCAAAAGUUAUUGCUUUUUUUGUAUUUUGAUGGUUUUAUUUAAUCAUGUACUUUUUCAUACACUGUUGUCUACAAUAAAACAUUUUAUUGAUUUCA